UCGCACUUGGAGGCCGACAUAACAGUAGAUCUCUAUUUUACAAGGGAAGAACACUAAUCCCGAGUUCCCAACGACCUGGUUUUUGCUAUGGUGUUGGUCCACUUGGUGCCUGUCAUUUUCACGCAUCAGUCACUGCAUUAAUUUUAUCAACAUGUGAGCAGGAAUCUGAAAGCCAUGAUCAGCUGAGCAAGUGAAAGUGAAUUUGUAUAAAUAUUAGAAUCCAACUUAUUUUAUUAUUAUUAUUCUUCUCAUUCAAUUCAAGGGCAUGAAUCAGGAAAAAAUAGCAGAGCAUUUUCAAUAAAUAGAGAGGGUUGGCACUGCCCAUGGUAACAUAAAGUCUAAAUAGAACUGGUAGUUGAGGGCUUGUGUCUUUGGCUUUCUCAGGAAGGGUAGAUGGAUGGACUCAAUAUACUGACAAUUCAAAUUUAAUCCUAUAUUUUAUAAUACUCUUGACCCCUCCUUGUUGAGCAAUCACCAUUACUCCCUAGCUUUUUCUCUGUCUGUCUCUUCUCACUGUGGCAAAUGGCUCCCAAGAAGGAUGGAGUGAGUAAAAGGGUUAUGAACAAAGGUGCAUGGACAGCUGAGGAAGAUACAAAAUUGGCUGAAUAUAUUGAGAUUCAUGGUGCAAAGAGAUGGAAAACAAUCGCAAUUAAAUCAGGUUUGAAUCGCUGCGGCAAAAGUUGUAGAUUGAGAUGGUUGAACUACUUGAGACCUAACAUCAAGAGAGGCAACAUAUCAAGUGAAGAAGAAGACUUAAUUCUUAGGCUUCACAAACUGCUCGGGAACAGAUGGUCUUUGAUUGCUGGAAGACUUCCAGGGCGAACAGACAAUGAAAUCAAGAACUACUGGAAUUCACAUUUGAGCAAGAAAAUAAACCAGAAGGAACGAAAAACAGAACAAACUGUGCCCCAGAAGACUUGGGAAACAGUCCAGAUAGAAGAAGAGGUAGCCAGAGGAAGUGAUGACAACUUUGAACUUAGCUUUGAUGAAAACGAGUUCUUUGACUUUUCAACUCAAGGUUGCUUUGGGUUGGAAUGGGUGAAUAAAUUUCUUCAACUUGAUGAUCAUGACGAUCCAUAGCAAUUAUUUAAGUUUGUAAUAAGCCUGUUUCCUCUGACAAAUAAAUAAAGAGAUGUUUGAAUCAAAAUUGCUCUAAUUUGCUGCAUAUUCUUGGCUGUAGCCAAAUGUUUGUCGGAUGCGUUGCUCGGUAACAUUCAUGGGUUGCCAGCAGAAAUUUGAGGCCAAGGUUCCGAUGGGUCAACGUCAAAGUUAUCCAAAAAACGAAUAGUCGAGGUCAGUUAGCGUUAGAUACUUAGAUUCUAUUCACUGUGUACGAAAUCCAGUUUCCUAUUUGACAGCCAACAGCUCAAGGCUGUUGAUCUCAUUUCCAUAUGGUCGGCCGACACUCUCUAAUUAUGUGAAAAUGCAGUAUAUUCAAAGAAGA